GGUGCAGGUUCAAUAACGUUUUCUCUAUAUUUUGAAAUGUUAUAAAUAUUGCGGUGAAUUCCAGUUGUUGAUAGACUAGCACGAUGUCCGAGCUAUGAUAGGUUGGUGACAGUUUUCGUCUGCUUCCCCUGUGUAUCACCAAGGCUGUAGCAAGCCUGCUAUAGCCUGACCUAGCCACGGUUACCUUACAUGCGAAUUGUUGUGUAUAUUAUUUAAAUAUAAAACUCUUUUGCACGAUGUUACGGCCAUUGUUUAGAAACUAUAGUCAGAUAAGUCAGGCUUUGUUACCUUUUGCAAGCCGCAAGCUUCGCCAUGGACAGGGCUUAACAACACAUUGUCAAAGAGCAAACGCUUAUGCCAGCGCAACCAUAGAACGAAAGAAGUUUUAUGAAGAUGUUACAAUUUCGCAAGGCGAAGGGGGCUUGUAUGAGAUAAACCUGGACCGCCGCAAACUGAAGACUCCCGGUGGGAAAUUGUUCACUGUACCUAACGAGGCCCUUGCCAUUGCCGUAGCAACAGAGUGGGAUGCUCAGAAGGACACACUUAAGUUCUACACAAUGCAUCUAACUACUUUGUGUAACACUGCACUUGAUAACCCAACCCAGCGUGACAAGAACCAGAUGAUCACCGCUGCACUGAAGUUUCUAGAGACUGACACUAUUUGUUAUAGGGUAGAAGAGCCUCCAGGUCUGGUAGAUCUUCAGAAAAAUGAAUGGGACCCAAUACUGGAUUGGAUUGAAAAUAGGUACAAUGUAGUCAUUGGCUCAUCCUCCAGCAUAAUGGGCCCCCAAAUCCCAGAGGAGACUAAGGAAACAUUUCAUCAGCACCUCAACUCCUACAACUUCUGGUCUCUGACAGGGCUUGAGUACAUAAUCACCCAGCUGAAGUCAGUUAUCCUUUCCCUUGGGCUGAUUGAUAGACACCUAACUGUGGAACAGGCUGUCCUUCUGUCCCGUUUGGAGGAGGAAUACCAGAUAAAGAGAUGGGGAAACGUUGAAUGGGCUCAUGAUUAUGACAUGUACGAGCUGCGGGCUCGCACGGCUGCUGGUGCCCUGUUUGUGCAUUUGACCUCAGAGAGCGCUACAGUGAAACGCAAGCUACUGCAGGACUGAAACAAAAAGACACGAGGGCCAUGCGCGUAUGCUGGAUAGUAAACACCUUCAAUCAGUUUCUUUUAGAAACAAUCCUUGUUGUUUUGGGAUUCUGUGUAAUAGCUGUGCAAGACAUCUUUAAAUUUUGUUCUUUAGUGGUUGCUAACAAACAAAUGGAAACAUCCUGGCAACAAAGAUAUUCAGGAAAUAUGGACAAGACAAUAGACGAUUACAAAACUACCUUUGCGUUUAGUCAUGCUAUUGUCAUUUGCAAUUAUUUUGUACAUAUUUUGUUUGUGAAGAUCUGAUAACCCUGUCAACUGUAAAUUUCAUAAUUAAAA